UCUAGACUCAAGCCGUGUCCGAUAUGUCUGCAUAGCUGUUGUAGUUUGUGUGCUCUCGAGCGCUUUUCUGAUCGACUUCUCUCCUGUUCUGAAACUUUGACCAUUAAAAGUUUCUCGCCACACCGACAGUAUUUGAACUGACUGACUCUCUCUCUCUGGCGGUGAAAUACCAGUGGAUCGCGAUUCUUCAUCAUGGGUAUCGAAGCGCUUGAUUUUCCCCAGAUGUGGGAACGUCCCAGUUACACUCAGCUGGCAGACAUACUCAAGACUCUCGAACUCAGUCCCCCCAUAUGGAACCACAAGCGUCGCCGCUCAGACAUUAUCGAGGAGCAGGAAUCCCUGGCCGGCCAGCGCAAGGCCGAAGUCACUCGUUACCUCUCCUCCAUCAUCAAGAGCCCUCUGUCAUGGAUCGAGGACGACGACGAGAAGGAGAUCCUCUGGACCCAGGCGAGCAAGCGCAUGUCAGAGCGAUGCGGACGCACGGCCAUGGGAGAAGUUAUCAGGAGCUGGCCUUUCGAGGACGGCGCAGACGAGUUUGAGCUGAUUAUCCGAGAGCCUGCCCUCACAGGAGAUUCGCUCGGUUUCAAGACCUGGGGAUCGUCAUAUGUGCUGUCGCAGCACCUCCCUCGAAUGGCUGAGACGUCGCUGUUUCGACUGUUCGAUGAGACGCUAGGGCAGCCAAGACCUGAUGUUCUUGAACUUGGAUCCGGAACAGGGCUUUUGGGUCUUGCAGCUGCGGCUUUCUGGAAGGUUCCUGUAGCCCUGAGCGACCUACCGAACAUCGUGCCCAACCUGAGAGAAAACGUUGCCAAGAACGCCGACCUCAUCAAGUCUCGUGGUGGAUCACUCACAGUCGGCGACCUCACCUGGGGUGGCAGUGAGGACGAAAUAGACCAGACUCUGUUUGGACAACCGAAUCAGUUCAAGAUUGUCCUCGCGGCUGAUCCCAUGUACGACGAUGACCACCCAGCGCUUCUCGCUUCGGCCAUCAGCGACCACCUGGCUUUGGGCUCAGACUCACGCGCCGUCGUUAUGGUCCCGCGUCGAGACGCCACCACAGAGCGUCUCCUCGAGUCGUUCCGCCAGGCCAUGCUUGACCUCGACACGCCGCUGUUUUGCGAGGAGGAGGACGAGCUUGCGGGCCAGGAUGACUGGGUUGAGGAUGACGAGGCGGGCAACGUGCGGUGCUGGCUUGGUGUAUUCAGUCGAGGCGGUUCACCAUUGUCUGUUGUCAAUGAUACAGCCUCAGUCGCUGUAUAAGUGAUUAGGAGGAGGAGGAGGGAGGGAAUGGAGUCAGGCGCCUUGCACUUGGGACGAAUAGGGGAUAUGGAUGUGAGGAAACACUAGAGGAUUGGAUGAUUAGAUGACUAGAUAUAGACCCAUUGAUUGAUUGAUUGACUGUU